CAGCAGCCCGUCGGACUGUCGGCUAUAAAACACAACAAAUCAUAAAGUGCAGGCAGGGGAAGGCAGAGGAAGGAGGACGGGGAGGGAGAACCGUUAGCCGUUAGCCUCCUUCUACUCCUCCUUCUCCAUCGCCUGAACGUUGUUGUUGUUGUUGUUGUUUGUUCCGUGCCCUCCCGGCCUCCCCUUUCUCCGAUUUCUCCUCUCCUUCCUUCUUUCUCUUUUACUUUUUUCCUCAUGAGUUCCUAUUUUGUCAACUCCUCUUUCCCGGUGUCACUACCGGGAUCCGGCGGAGGCGGGCAGGCGGCGGCGGAGUCGUUCCUGGGUCAGAUCCCGCUCUACUCGUCGGGAUACGCCGCCGACCACCCGCUCAGGCACUAUCCCGGCGCUGCAGCCGUCAGCGCCGCCGCCGCGGUGGCGUACGGCGGCGGAGGAGGCGGAGGCGGCGUCGGUGGUGGCGCCGGCGUGCACCAAGAGAAACCGUACACCACCUCCGCCUAUUACCAGCAGGCGGCUACCGGACCGUACGGCGGGCAUCGGGCGGCGGCAGGGGUCGGUGUUGGGGGCGCGUCUGGAGCCGGUGCUUGCGACUACGUCACGGCGGCGGCGGCGGCUGCUGCUGCUGCCGCGGCGGCCGCCACCAGCUUCUACCGGGACAAGGAGCACCCUUGCAGCCUGGAAGAACACCAGCUCGCGCUGAGCCAGGACGGCGUGCACCGCAAGGCGGAGUGCGCGGGGUUGAGUGGGAAGGGGCUCUUCGGUGAGACGAUGGACGAAAAACAACCGGCGUCAGCCCCCAUUUACCCGUGGAUGCAGCGAAUGAACGCGUGCAACGGGACCUUCGGCAGCCCCGGGCGGCGCGGGCGGCAGACGUACACGCGCUACCAGACGCUCGAGCUGGAGAAGGAGUUCCACUUCAACCGGUACCUCACGCGCCGGCGGCGGAUCGAGAUCGCGCACGCGCUUUGCCUCACCGAGCGCCAGAUCAAGAUCUGGUUCCAGAACCGGAGGAUGAAGUGGAAGAAGGAGAACAAGCUGAUCAACUCUUCUUCGUCCUCCUCCUCCUCCUCCUCCUCGUCUACGGCGAAUGGCGGAGAAGAAGAGGACAAACGGACGGAGUGAAAGAGGAGGAGGAGGAGGAGAUAAAACUGAUAAGACGCAGAAAGAGGAGAGACGGGUGAAACCUCUACUUCUUCAGACUUGAAACAUGUACGAUAGGACUGUGAAAGGGAGACCCGGAUUCAGUUUGCAACAUCCAUCCACCCUAAAAAAAAAGAAAAAAAAAAAGAAAAGGCAUCAGACUCAUGGUGUAAAAAGCUGGAAAAUAUUUGUGGAAAGGUGCACGUGUAAAAUAUUGUAAAGGACCCGCGUGAUUGCGAAACUGAAAACAAAUGUUCACAAAAAAUAGAUGGAGGGUUGAGUUUUUCUGCAGGUUAUGACAUAUUUAAUAACACACAACUGCUGGAUACGUAACUUUCUUCUUCUUGUUCUUUUCUUCAUU